CUUUGGGAGUCUGGUACCCAGUUGUGUAUUGGUAUAGUGUUUCUAAAGCGAAACCUCUGAUUUCUUCUUGAACCCUGCAUCAACUGUCAAAGAAACUGUUCUAAAAUAUUAUCUACAACAACUCUCAAGAAUCAAGAUACUCCAAUUGUGGAUUAUUCGUGAAUAUCGUCGCUAGAGUACUUUGGUUUCGUUGCUAUGCCGAACAUAACGUCUACUUGUCGGCGGGUAAAUUGGAAAUUUCGCGAGUGAAACCGUUAAAUUGUACUUAAAUCUUUGCUGGAAAGUCUUUAUUUGUCUUGUUGUGAUUUAACAAAUUACAUCGAAGUGAUCCAUAAUUCGAAUAUGGAGAAAGUGCGAGGCGUCGAAAGAGACCAUAAAUAGAAAUCAAGAGCCGAAAAUGAUAUUUUGAUCACUUCUGAAGACAAAGUUUAACAGUGCAACCUUAACUGCGAGAUACUAGUGAAUCAACGAGAAUUCCACUAACUUUAGAAACAAUAUACUACUGAGAAUUCAUUAGUACACAAAGUUAGUAUACCACCACCACAUCUUUGUUUAAUCAGUAAGCCUUCUACCAUUUGGACUUUGGCAUGAGGGGUGCCUUACAACCUGAUUUAUCCGUUACUGGCCGAUCUACUUCUCGCCACGAACGACCUACUAGUGGUGGGAGGCGUCGUCCACCCAGCGCAGCUAGAAAUGUGAAUACGAAGGCGAAUAUCUUUGGAGUAGCCCCCACCCCACGGGGUAAUUUUGCAAAUGCGGGGUGUACAGAUGCCACACCUGAGGCACCAAGAGAUGCUCUUCUGAACCAAAAUGUUGCUGUAAUAAGUAAAUCUGAACUUGAAGAAACAAAACGCAAGUUGGCUACUAAUGAAUACAAGAAGCAGCCAGUUGAGGUUGCAGCCCAUUCCAGUCCAAGCCGUGCAGGGCGAAGAUCUGCUCCUGUAGGCGUUCCUUCUCUUCAACUGGGUAAUCUAGCUGAUGAUGCUGAUAAGUUGACUGAACCAGUGGAACAUGAAGGACCACAUUUGCACACUCCUGAUACAGGUCGCAGCGACAUCAGCUGGGGUACUCCUAUUCAAAGUAAAAGAGAGGAGAAACAACAGCCAAGCUGGUCAUAUCCAGUGAGAACCAAUGCUACAUCAGCUUCGCAUCAUCGUCGUCCUGCUGACAUGCCAGCCCUUGACCUUCAGGACUCACAGGAGGAAAGAGACCUUAGAAAGGCUGCCAGGGCUAUGCAAGAGGAAAAGGCAGCGGCAGAGGCCCGUAACGUACAGAUUGGUGAUAAUCCCGCAGUGUACAAGGUCCCUAGAGACGAAAGCAAAGACCACUGGUCCACGCAGCCCAAGUCUGAGAGAGAGUGGUACCAACAGAAAGCGAGGCAAGAGCAGGAGAAGCUUUUCGCUGACAAGAAGAAGGAUUUAGUGAUGGAGACGGUUCUGGUCGAUCAGCUGUCCAGGGCCGCCAUCUCAGAUCCAGAUGCUGUUCGCACCCCAGCCUUUACCUCCCAUCUUGAUGCACGUGCACGAAAGCAAAUGGAGUUCUACAAUACCAGGAGUUCCCCGUCGUCCGGGAAGUCAGAGAAUGUGUUGGCCAAGCGUGUCCGGUUUGGGGCACGAAUAGUCACCAAGCAUGGCCAUGACGUCCAUAGGGAGCUGAACGGAUUCUUCUUCAGCGCUGACAAUACUCUCACAAUCUAUGAAUUCCGACAGUUUGGCACAAGGUCAUCUGCAUUGCCGUUUAUCCAGCGUGGACUUUAUUCACACAUUCUCGGGAGUAAAAAAGGCCGACCAUACAUCCUUCAAGACAUAGCGGUGGGUAACAGUCUGUCAUUUAGCACAGCCAAUCAGAGCUCUCUGCCUCAGAGCAUUAGCGCCAAGCCGGUGGUCACUCUUCGCAUCACAGAUCUUGAUGAGGAGGCGAAAGAACGACUUUUGUACGACGAUUGUAGAAACCCAGCAGAGAGACGUGCAGUGGCGGAGAAACUUACCCAGCCCCCCACGGCCGCAGAACAAGCGGAGCAGCAACUAGUCCAACAAGUACAAGGCGAGGUUCGUAGGCAGCUUGCCCAGCGCGCAUCCAAGACGCUCAUGGGAAUGGGUAGGCAUUUCCGGACACUGGACAAGUCUGGGGAUGGGAUGCUAGACAAAGGGGAGCUAAUCAACGCCUUGAAGACGUAUCAUAUACAGCUAUCACCACAGGUAUUAGGUGGGUUAUGGAACUUACUUGACGUUAAUGGAGACGGUGCGUUAGAUUAUGGGGAGUUUGUGCGUGGAUUCAUAGGCGAGAUGAACGAGACAAGGAAGGCGUACGUUAGAAAGGUCUUUCACAAGUUCGAUCCCAGCAAAACAGGGCUGGUUGAGCUGAACAACAUGAAAAAGUUUUUCUCCGCCAAGAAGCAUCCAAAAGUGCUAUCCGGCCGGCUGAAGGAACACGAGGCUCAGCAAAUGUUCUUGAGUUCAUUCGAAAACUGCGAACAUAGAGGGGAAGUUACCUAUGCGGUGAGCAGGCAAAAUGCGGCUUGAUGAAAGAGUGGAGUUCGAGGACUAUUACGAAGGCGUCAGUAUUGGUAUUGCAAGCGACGAGGAAUUUGUUGCCAUGAUGAAGAAUUGCUGGAGUUGCUGAAAUGAAGGGCUUUACCACAAAAAGACAGCUCUUUGGAGUUGCUGAAGUUAGCUUUUCUACCACGAAAUUAUGAUAUUUUAAGCUGCUACAUGAAUUUCCCGUGGGCCACCGUUUACUCAGCAACCCGCUAUUAGCAGAGGAGAGACGGAAGCUAUCAGUUAAAGGGGUGGUGCCAUGAAUUUUCCGUGGGCCACGGUUUACUCAGCAACCCGCUGUUAGUGGAGGAGAGACAAAAGCUAUCAGUUAAAGGGGUGGUGCCAUGAAUUUUCCGUGGGCCACGGUUUACUCAGAAACCCGCUAUUAGCAGAGGAGAGACGGUAGCAGGCCUGGAUACCCCACGUGGCAUGUUGGCAUAGUCCCUGGACAUACCCUUUUGUCAUCAUAGCAAAAUAUCAAACUCCCACGAAAAAAUAAAACGGUAUUAAGAUUU